GGCCCGGCUCCGCCGGCCCCGGAGUGGCGGAGUGCCGCGGGGCCGCCCGCCAGCCGCCCGCGUCGGCGGCAGGGGCAUGGAGGAGCGGCGGGCUCGGAGCCGAGCCCCGGGGUCCCCGAAACUUCCGAGCCGGCGCCGGUGCGCGCCGCCGCUGCCGCCUCGCCUGCCGGCCUGAGAGCGGGACCAUGGACGACAGGUUCAACAAGUGGCUGCUGACGCCGGUGCUCACUCUCCUCUUCGUGGUCAUCAUGUACCAGUACGUGUCCCCUUCCUGCACCAGCUCCUGCGCCAACUUCGGGGAGCAGCCUCGCGCGGGGGAGGCCGGCCAGCCUGCCGCGCCGAGUCCCGCCCGCCGGGCACAGGCGCCGCCGGAGCAGUGGGAGCGGCGGCCGCAGCUGCCCCCGCCGCCCCGGGGGCCGCCCGAGGGGCCCCGCGGGGUCGCGGCGCCGGAGGACGAGGACGAGGGGCUCGGGGUCCCGGAGGGGGGGGAGGAGGAGGAGGAGGAGGAGCCAGACCCCGAGGCCCCCGAGAACGGCUCCCUGCCCCGCUUCCUGCCGCGCUUCAACUUCACCCUGAAGGACCUGACCCGCUUCGUGGACUUCAACAUGAAAGGGCGCGACGUGAUCGUGUUCCUGCACAUCCAGAAGACCGGCGGCACCACAUUCGGCCGGCACCUGGUGAAGAACAUCCGGCUGGAGCAGCCCUGCAGCUGCAAGGCGGGCCAGAAAAAGUGCACCUGCCACCGGCCGGGCAAGAAGGAGACGUGGCUCUUCUCUCGCUUCUCCACUGGCUGGAGCUGCGGGCUGCACGCCGACUGGACGGAGCUCACCAACUGUGUGCCGGCCAUCAUGGAGAAGAAAGACUGUCCGCGCAACCACAGCCACACCAGGAAUUUCUAUUACAUCACGAUGUUGCGGGAUCCGGUGUCGCGCUACCUGAGCGAGUGGAAACACGUCCAGAGGGGCGCCACAUGGAAAACCUCCCUCCACAUGUGUGAUGGGAGAAGCCCCACCGCCGAUGAGCUGCCCACCUGUUACCCUGGGGACGACUGGUCUGGGGUGAGCUUGCGGGAGUUCAUGGACUGCACCUACAACCUGGCCAACAACCGCCAGGUGCGCAUGCUGGCCGACCUCAGCCUGGUGGGCUGCUACGACUUGACUUUCAUGAACGAGAGUGAAAGAAAUGCCGUCCUGUUGCAGAGCGCCAAAAACAACCUCAAGAACAUGGCCUUCUUUGGGCUCACAGAAUUCCAGAGGAAGACACAGUUUCUCUUUGAGAGGACAUUCAACCUCAAGUUCAUCUCCCCCUUCACACAGUUCAAUAUAACUCGGGCUUCCAACGUGGACAUCAACGAGGGCGCCCGCCAGCGCAUCGAGGAGCUGAACUUCCUGGACAUGCAGCUUUAUGAGUAUGCGAAGGAUCUCUUCCAGCAGCGCUACCACCACACCAAGCAGCUGGAGCGCCAGCGGGACCGGCAAAGGAGGCGGGAGGAGCGCCGGCUGCAGCGGGAGCACAGGGGCCACCGGUGGCCCAAAGAGGCUGGGGACGUGGAGGGGGCAGUCACCGAGGAUUACAACAGCCAGGUGGUGAGGUGGUGACCCCCAGACCUCUCCUCCCUCAGGAGGGGGGAGGAUGAGCAGGUGCACUGACCUUCCGUGGUUCCCUGGGAGAAUGUUGGACCAUUCUGAGGACAUCUGGCUGUAGGUGGCUUGAUUUGGAUACCUGCUUCCUCGUGGUCUUUACCCAGCUGGAGAUGAUCCAUCUUGUUCUUUUUUUCCUGACGUUUUUCAGUCCGUGAUAUGAAGUAGGGUAGGCCACUUUAGUUUGGGCCAUAGAGGCACACAUGAAAAGCCAGGUUAUGGCUUGGAUGUUCUGAUGAAACUGGUCUGCUUCAUACUGUCUCUGUAACGGAAAUAUUGGUCUAUUUAAAAAGAGAGAAAAGGAAGUCCCUUUCAGCGCUUAGAUGAGGUUUCAUGCCAAUCCUCACCUGGCUGUUGUCUCUCAUCUUUGAACUCUGUUUGAAUGUGGUUGAAAUCACAAGUAGAGUAACAGUGCUUUGUUGUUACAGCUACUUUUAAACCAGAUUGCCCUACUAUUGACCAUCACUAGAGACUCACCUCCUACAAGGCGUCAUAGCCCUGAACCAUGCUUUCUGCCCCAGUUAGGGAAUGGCUAGUGGAUUCAGGGCAGGGGUGCCUAUGGCCCCUGAGAGAUGAACAUUGGUAGGGACAUUGAGGAGAAAAUGGGCUUAUUAACUAAUGCCUGGGAAGAUCACAUCUUAUCGAUUGUUAUUUUCAAGGUAAGGAAUGAAUGACAAAUGAAGGGGAAAACAUUUCCAACCAGCUACAGAACCUUAGUUUUUUAAGGAAUAUUUCUGUUUUUGCUCUUUGGAGCAGUCAUUGCCUUUGAUAUGGUACUGCCAGAUUUGAGAUUCUGUUAUCACAGAGGCAAUAACGUUUACAAGGAAUUGGCCUGAAGAAUAGGGGCUUAGGGCUUAGCUAGCAUGUACACAAAAUGUAUUCAAGGUCACUAAAGAAUGACUCAGAUUUAGGCCAGAAGACUUGGGACUCAAUGGGAGAGUUAUCCCAGGUGUAUAGGCCGAUGCUACCUCCCAAAAUCUUGAAUAUCUCCAGCCUGACAACUUCUAUGAUUUUUAUCUGCUAUUAGACUCUCGCUAUAGCCAGCAAAUCAGACUGGAGUUGGUAACACUGGACCCAAAAAUGUACUGCAUUGCCAAGGGCUGCUUGUUUUCACCCAUCCCCAAACACAACUAUACUAAUGUGAAGCUUAUUGGAUAAUAAGGGGAGAAGUACAAAAGAGGUCAUAGAAGGCCCUUGCCCAGCAUUCAGUAGGAGGAUCAGAGUAGAUAGAAACAGAUUGAUCUGAUCAGUCCUUUCAAGGAGCUGAAGGCAAAAUGAGUGAAACUCCUAAAUCAGAUUGAAAAGCCUAUUUCCUUGAUAUCUAACAUGUUUGAUGUUUAAGCCAGCUUUACAUAAGCCACAUCUCAGCCUCCAGAAUACUCUCUUUGGGGUUGAGAGUCAGUCAACCUACAAGCCUUCAUGUGCAGAGUGGGGCCCAGCGUCUCCAUCAAAGGGAGAUUGGGAAGGACCACGGUGAUCCUUCUCUCACAGGCCCGGGAUUCAACCGUCAUGCGAGGGAAGGCAGUCCUAGGGACCUCCCCUGGGCCAGGAAUGGUGGGAGGCCCUUCUCAUUCCUUCAGUCUUUUCACCGCAAGGUAGAUAUUAUUAGGCCCAGUUACAUAGACGAGGAAAAGUGAAACCCACGGAUAAUCAGCAGCUUCCUCAUGGGUUGUACACUUGGUCUGGCUGACUGCAAAGUGUGACUCUUUUCACUCCAUUAGGUUUUCCAUAUGGAAUAAAAGCUUCCUGUCAAUAACACAAAAAGCCCCUCUUCCUGCCCAGAAGGGUCUGUCUCUAACCCACACAAUGGUGUGACUGUACAGCACCGAGCUGGCUGUAACCCACGGCCAUGCAGCCUUGGGAGGGUCCAGCCCUCUUCCCCCCAACUAACCCAUCAAUGAGCUGAGAGAUGGGUGACUUCUUGGGCAGUUGUACCUUCUGAGCCAUGUAGGAGGGUGAGUUAAAGGGGCCAAGUAAAUAUUGCUUGUUGGUUGGUAAAGAUUAAGCUCACAAAAUAUUAGUAUUUCCCUUUCCAAUGAUUUGUUCCUAAGGUAGAGAGGAAAGGAGGAUCCCAACUAGGAUUAAUGAGCAGUUUGCUCCUAUCUUCCCAUUUCAAUGUUAGGAUCUAAUGUUCUGCCUAAAAUGACAGGGCUGCAAAUUACCUCUGCCUGCCAGUAUGAAACACAUGCACGCACACACACAUGUGCACACAAUAACAAUCCAGUGUUUUGUCAUGUGGAAAAUGGAAACAAGUUAGAAAGCAUUCAAAUUGUUUCUUUUAAACUCACUUUAAAUUUUUGGCAGGGAAUUCAUGCAUAGCUGAGACUUGGAAGCAUCCUUGGCUAACUUCACACUGUUCCUUAGGCACCUUGGGAUUUAUAUCAAAAGGCUUUCCAAGGCAUUGCUGCUGAAGGCAUGACGUGUGGUGCUCCACUUGAGACCAGAUAUCAGGAUGUUCAGAGGAGAAACCAUCUCUUUGAGUUGGCCUGAGGCCAGUGCUGAGCAAAUUAAAAAGACGGACACGGGCUUCUUCCCUCAUAUCAUUUCAUUCGAAAGCAGCGUGCUUCUCAUAUCCCUGGGGUCCUAUGUUGAUAGAAAUGAAGAGGUAGGGAUGGAUGCAGUUUGUUCUCCAAAAAUUGACUGCACACCUACAUGCUGGGCGAAGCUCAGAGAAGAGAUGCCAACAGAAC